ACGAGAUCGAUGGAGCCUUGCCGGUUUGUUCGGCUCAUCGUCGAGUCGCUGGUUCUCAAGCUUCCGGCCGUGGCCAAACCGGCGGGUCCAGGCGUGCACCCCUCCGCCACCCCCUGUUUCUGCACGCUCCACCUCGGGCACGGGCCCUCCGCCGCGGUCAGGAGUACCGUUCCACUCCCUGUCUCCGCCGACCCCACCUCCUCCACCAGUCUCAUCGAGGCCCCGGCGAUGCCCGCCGUCGCGGAGCCGGUCGUCAUCAGCCUCGACCCGGAAACCGUGCAGCGGCUCGCGGCCCGGCGGUCCGGCGCCAGCCUCAUCGUCGCGGUCUACGUGGGCCGGGCUGGCGGCCGCGCGUGCGGGCUCGCGUCGGGCCGGCUGCUGGGGCGCGUCCGCGUGGCGGUCGACCUGGAGGCGGCGCCGGCGCGGCCGACGGUGGUGCAGAGCGGCUGGGUCAGCGUGGGGACGGGGAGGACUGCCGCGCGCCUCCAUCUCGUGGUGCGGUCCGAGCCGGACCCGCGGUUCGUCUUCCAGUUCGGCGGCGAACCAGAGUGCAGCCCGGUAGUGUACCAGGUUCAGGGAACCGGCGGCGGAGGCCACAGCGGCCGCAAUCUGCAGCCGGUCUUCAGCUGCCGCUUCUCGGUCGAGCGUCGGCGGAGCACCAGAUCCCUGUCUCUCAGAUCUCUGGCGUCGACUGUCUCGCGCAGCGACAGCAUCCGAAGCUGGUUCGCCGGCGGCGAGAGGGAGCAUCAGCGGCGGCGGGAGCAGCGCAAGGGGUGGACGGUGACGAUCCACGACCUCUCCGGAUCGCCGGUAGCUGCAGCGUCCAUGGUGACGCCCUUCGUGCCCUCCCCGGGCUCCGACCGCGUCUCGCGCUCCAACCCCGGGGCCUGGCUCAUCCUCUGCGCCGUCGGGACCUCCGGCACCGCCGACUCGGCCGCCACCAACUGGAAACCGUGGGGCCGCCUCGAAGCCUGGCGCGAGCGCGGGCCCGCCGACGGCGGCGCUCUCGGAUAUCGAUUCCAGCUGGUGCCGGACGCCGCGGGCGCCGACGUGCCCAUCGCCGAGUCCUCGAUCGGCGCCCGCAAGGGCGGCCAGUUCCGCAUCGACGUCACCGCCGACAUGGCUGGCGCUGCCGCCGGCUUCGUGAUGGGUUCCACCGUCGAGGGCGAACGAAAGCAGAGCAAGCCGACGGUGCAAGUCGGCGUGCAGCACGUCUCGUGCAUGGCUGACGUGGCCCUCUUCAUCGCGCUCUCCGCCGCGGUCGAUCUGAGCAUGGACGCGUGCCGCCUCUUCUCGCAGAAGCUGCGGAAAGAGUUGUGCAAGGACCAGCAAGACUCCGGCCUUUAAUCCCCUCCGCCAUUUCAUCGAACACUUGUCCUGCAAACCGACGCAAGGCUUUAAAGAAGGAACAAGCCUCGGCUCCUUGAGUGUGAUUCAUUUUUGUCCACAUUUUAAUUCUUUGAUUCGAUUUGUACAUCGAUGUUUGUUAAAUCUUGAAAGAGUUUUUGCGUGAA